AUGAGCGCCGCGCCGCCACCGAAGCAGAUUCGCUUCGUUCACAACCAGGGACAGCCGCCGUCGAAACGGCGGCGGAUCAACGCGGCGCGCGAUAGCAAGGUGGCGCCUGUCGAGAGCCGCAACCCGCCAACGAAACCGAGCCCGAGUCGAAAGCUCGCCGACAUGCACCCGCCCGAGUUCAUACGACUAUCGUCGACGCAAAAUGAGGCGAGCAACGAGAGACACGCUGGCCAGUCUGCUGGUCCUCGACCAAACGCGCCAUCCUCCGAAGACAUUCGCAGCAACGCCAGCCGAUCGCCGAUAUUGCACCACAAGGGGAAGCCUGCGAGUCACCGAGUGCCCUAUUUUCGAUACUUUGGCCCCACGGCCAUAGUCCCCGGCUACAAGCAGAUGGUCGUCUCGGUGCGCGAGAGGCGGCGCAGUACCGCAGGUUCUACCUCUGCUGCGUCACCCAGCUCGGCGGGUGCCGCCGCCGCCGCUGCCCAGGGAGGUCUCAGCAUAGACAGCGUCGCGUUGGCCGAUGCCGAGGUGACCGCCGAGGCUCUACCAGCCUACAACAUCAACGAUGACGAACCCGUGCCGCCGCUCAUUCUCCAUCUGGUCAAGAUCUUCUUCGUUCACCUGGGCUGCAACUUUCCCUUUCUGCAGGAAGAGAGGUUCACACGGAUGGUGGAGGGCAAGGAGGUCGAGGCGAUCCUCGUUGACGCCGUGUGCGCUCUGUCGGCGCGGUUCUCGGAUCACCCUCAGAUCGCGCGGGAUGGGAAGCUGCCCAGGUCGGACUACGGCGUCCAGUAUGCCCAGCGUGCCAAGGCUGCGACUGUUGACACGUUUCCGGCGCCGUCUGUGGGUGCCGUCCAGGCGCUGCUGAUGAUGGCCUAUGAGGGCUUCGGCGCGAACCAGGACAGUGCCCUCUGGAUGUAUCUCGGCCUCGCCAUUCGCAUGGCUGUCGACUUGGGCUUGCAGAAGGUGGUGGGCGUCAAGUACCAAGGCGAGAAGGAUCCAUGGUACCUCCGCCAUUGGAGCCGACAAAGCAUCGAGUCCAGCGAGGCUGCGGAUGACGAGGCCUCGGUCAGCCGUGCUCAACAACUGGAAGUGGAGCAGGAGAGGAUGGACACGUUCUGGGCCGUCUUCAUGCUCGACCGGGAGAUCUCGUCUGGCACGGGACGCCCGGUGACGUUCCGCGACGAUGAUUUCGAAUUUGACUUGCCAGCACCAACGAUACACCCUGCGUCGGGCUGGCCCGCGCCGUACCCAACACUGACACGAAUCAUUCAUCUUUACGGCCGCGUGUCCGACGUUUUGAAUAACAUCCAUCACGCCAAAGAUCUGACGCAGGACAAAUGGGCCAAGCUGGCACACAUGGAGAGCGAGCUCACGAAGCUCUACCAAAACCAGGACCCAAGACUGCAUUUCAACGUCAGCAAUUUCAAGGCAUAUCUCAAAGCCAACCAGGGCACGACCUUUAUUCUGGUUCAUUUCUGGUUUCACGCCCUCAUCAUCAUCCUGCAUCAGCCAACAUUGCUCACGCCGUUUGGGUCGCUGAACCGGUCCCACCAGCUUUUGCCCAACAGUCGCGAGCUGUCCAUGUCGAGCGCCAAGACGAUUGCUGACAUUCUCUCCUUUGCCGAACUCAUCGGGCCCACGAGCUUCAUCGGCAACCCCUUUACAUCGCAGCCGAUGUACAUUGCGGCGUGCGCCUUCCUCAUGGAAUCCAUGGCUUACACAUCCCAACCACCGUCCAGGGCCACCUCGCCCCCUGAGGGCAACAGGCCCAGGGGCAAACCGAACGACAGCGCCAGGAUUUCGGCCAAGCACUCGCUCCUGGCCUCGGCAGCGAACCAGAACUACUUGCGCUGCCAUAAUUCGCUUCAGCAGCUGUGUGCUUAUUGGGGCGGUGUCAAGUACAUCUUGACAGCCCUCGACCAAAAGUCCAAGGGCAUCUGGGACUGCGAAACGUAUACGAACGAGGAGUACGAAAGCACCAAGGGAACACGCCACGGAUCGCUGGACCCCUUUUCGGGACUUGAAGGCUUGGGAUCGCCGAGUGCGCCUCCCUUUGCCUGGUCCCUGACGGGGACCACCAACUCGCCCAACUCAAGCCUCACACUGAUGUACCAGAACAUGCAGGCGAAUGCCGCCGCUCAGCCCCACGUAUCGUCGGCACCGACGAGCCAUCACGCCCUCGCGCAGAACAGCCGCUCAACGUCGUCGGGCCACAUGUACGACCCCAUCCGCCAGAGCAUGCCGGAAGCGCCGCCGUCCUCACUCUACGCGCCGUCGUAUCGACAGGCAGCAAAGGCAGCGCCCCAACACCAGCAGCAGACUGCACACCCUUCGUACGGAGCCUCGUCGCAACAGACGUCAGAUUAUGACGGCUCACUGCUCACGGGCACGACUCCGGGAUCGGGCCAUCACGCAUCGGCCAGUAUGUAUGAUUCGGCCUACACGGAGAGGGACUACUCGUAUUUCGGGCACCACAGCAUGAAUCCGAUCGGUGACGUUGUUACGUACGAGAACCCCGUCGACAUUGGCUCGCUCGGUCUGCCGGGGGACAUGAUGCCGCAGUGGCUCGAGUACCUUCCUGGCGACGUCCUCGGUGGCUACUUUGACGGGGGCCAUGACAUGAACGGGGGUACAGACUUGGAGGGAGGCGGCCACCAUGGUUAG